UAUGCGCUAGUACAUAAAUGGUUUAGUGGUCGGGGACCUCAUCGCUCCCACUUCAAGAGGUUCACUGGAAAUUUGAUAGCAAGUGACGCGCGCGAGAGCACCACACACCGAGCUGUAGUGGUCGUUAUCUCACCUCCGACGUCUUUGGUACCUUGAAAGAUUUCGGAUUUACCUUCUCAUUUGUUUAGUAUACUUUUCAUCUUUCUAAUUUAGCCCCGCACCGACACCGCCAACAUGCAGGCACCGGUGGUGGUUAUGAACACCCAAAAUGGGGACAGACAGGUCGGCCGGAAAGCUCAGCUAUCCAACAUCACAGCUGCUAAGACCGUCGCGGAUAUUAUUCGAUCGUGUCUGGGCCCGAAGGCAAUGCUGAAGAUGCUUCUGGACCCUAUGGGUGGUAUUGUCUUGACGAACGAUGGCCACGCCAUUCUCCGAGAGAUCGAGGUUGCGCACCCCGCCGCAAAGAGCAUGAUCGAACUCAGCCGAACGCAGGACGAGGAGGUUGGUGACGGAACAACUACGGUCAUUAUAUUGGCCGGAGAAAUGCUCGCCCAGGCGCUCCCUCAGCUUGAACGCAACAUCCACCCGGUCGUCAUCAUAUCCGCAUUCAAGCGUGCUCUCGCAGAUGCCCUUGCUGUCGUGGAGGAGAUUUCACUUCCUGUUGAUAUCGACGAUGACAAGGCCAUGUACAGCCUUAUCCAAUCGUCCAUUGGAACGAAGUUCGUAUCGAGAUGGUCGGAGCUCAUGUGCAGUCUGGCACUCAAGGCGGUGAGAACUGUGUCAUUCGACGCCGGUGGCGGAAAGAAGGAAGUUGAUAUCAAGAGAUACGCACGUGUCGAAAAGAUUCCUGGUGGCGAGAUUGAGAGCAGCGAGGUUAUUGAUGGUGUGAUGGUCAACAAAGACAUCACGCACCCCAAGAUGAGGAGGAGAAUAGAGAACCCGAGGAUCAUCUUGCUCGACUGUCCGUUGGAGUACAAGAAGGGAGAGUCUCAGACCAACAUUGAGAUCACCAAGGAAGACGACUGGAACCGCAUUCUGGAAAUCGAGGAAGAGCAGGUGAAGCGCAUGUGUGAGGCUAUUUUGGCACUAAAGCCCGAUCUGGUUAUCACUGAGAAGGGAGUAUCAGAUCUCGCCCAGCACUUCCUCGUCAAGAACAACGUCACAGCAUUGCGCCGCGUUAGAAAGACGGACAACAACCGUAUUGCCCGUGCUACUGGUGCAACUAUUGUGAACAGGGUGGACGACCUCCAGGAGUCUGACGUCGGAACGCAGUGCGGUCUAUUUGAAAUUGAGAAGAUCGGCGACGAGUACUUCACCUUCCUCAGGAAAUGCAAGUCUCCCAAGGCCUGCACGAUCCUUCUGAGAGGACCAUCGAAAGAUAUCCUGAACGAAAUCGAGCGUAACCUUCAGGAUGCUAUGUCUGUCGCGCGGAAUGUUAUUUUCCACCCCCGACUAUCUCCCGGAGGAGGUGCUACCGAAAUGGCCGUUUCUGUGAAGCUGAGCCAACUGGCCAGAUCCGUUGAAGGAGUCCAGCAAUGGCCCUACAAGGCCGUUGCAGACGCUCUGGAGGUCAUUCCUAGAACGCUUGUGCAGAAUGCCGGUGGCAGCCCUAUUCGAGUUCUCACCCGUCUGAGAGCCAAACAUGUUGAGGGCAACACUACGUGGGGUGUGGACGGCGACACUGGAAAUCUCGUGGAUAUGAAGGAAUAUGGUGUCUGGGAACCCGAAGCUGUCAAGCUGCAGAGUAUUAAGACAGCUGUAGAGUCUGCCUGCCUCCUUCUUCGUGUCGACGAUAUUUGCAGUGCUAAAUCGGCACAGCAGGCCGGUGGAAACGUCGGCGGUGGUGACGAUUAAUCCAAAAAUGUGUCGGUAAUAAAAUGCCUUAUAACGCUGCAUUAUGCAUAUCCAUUUUGUAUGAAUAUCCUAGAUGAACA